AUGCCUGUCCCUAUUCCCGAAACACACGGAAACAAGGCCAAAUAUACUAUAGCAUUACCGAAAGAGAUUACGAGUAGGUUCGCUCCCAACACUCUCGAUUCCUCCUCCAACUCGCGCUUGGCGCAUUCGGACAAAUUGACCAGAUCCUUUGUCCAUAACGAACGUUCAGUGAAACCCGAGGUGACGAUGCAGCGCAACGGCCACGGCGACCACGUCCAUGCUGUUGCGCAGGAUACGCCUCUACUACCUGGCACCGUUCCGUUGCCGCAGCCAUCGACAUCGACGGCCGUCAUAGAAUGGGACUGGGAUGUCGAGCACCACGACCGACGGCUCGAAGCUAAAGCAGAUGCAGCACUGCAUGGCGCACAGCCCUUUCAAGUCGACCGACGAGUCCUUAAGGACGUCGUACGAGAGAUGACAAAUUGUGAAGUUGGCCGAAUAAAUUUCAUGAGUUCCGGGACGUUUCAUAAGGCGAGUGCAUAUCUCGUUACUCUUGUUGACACACGCGAACUGGUUGCUCGCGUCGCUCGUCGGUUCAUGCCUCGCCUCAAAACCGAAUCUGAAGUGGCUACUAUGCACUAUCUUCGCAAACAAACAUCAAUUCCUGUUCCGGAUGUCUAUCAUUAUGAUGCGAAUCCCUAUAAUCGCCUAGGGGGUGAAUAUAUCCUCAUGUCUAGGGCAAAAGGAGUUCCCCUGUCACGCGUAUACCACACGCUCUCUAAUCAAGAACUCAAGUGUCUGUUCGCAAAUGUCGCAGCUAUCAUAGUACCCUUGUUCGCACAACGUUUCUCGCAUAUCGGAUCCCUAUAUCUAGAGGGUGCAGGCGUAGGCGCCCCGACCCCUCUCUCGGUCGGGUCAUCAAACUCUCCGACACCAACGGCGACGCGUCCUACAAUUAGCGGCUUUAAAUUUAUGCCACUGUUGUCGAUGAACUCUUUUUCCAACGCCACGGGUUCCCUAGACAAAACAGUCUCAUGGCCAACUUCAGCUAGAGAGCCUCAUAUUGGUCCCAUCGUAUCAUGGCCCUUCUUCGGAUCAAAUCGCGGAGAUCUCUCCCAUCCAGAUGAGAUCGACCGUGGUCCGUGGUCUAGUACUCAUUCGUAUCUUGCCUCGUGUGUGGACCGGGAGGUCCGGGGCGUGGUUCUUGAGAAUGAGGGCAAGACGGCACCGCACCGACUACAUCUUGACCCAGAUGAGAUACAAUCCUCCAGGCAUCACCAUUUGAACGCAGUGCCCGGCGAUCAGAGUGAUGAUAGUGAUGAGUGGGAUGCACAGGAAAGCGAGGAAGAAUGGGAUGGCCCUGGUGAUGUCAUGUACAGGGAUUACAGGCGGAUGCAGAGAAGCACGUUCCUAAUUGCCCACAUCAUGCGACGUGAGGAAUCUGUACGAAAAGAGAUGGGUCGCUGGAUGCGCAUGAUGGAGAGACUCGGGGCAUGCGCGGAUCAUUCUGGGGAGACAGAAGAGUUCGGCCUGGACUGCCAUGACAUAAGUCUGGAGAACGUGUUUGUCGACGAAAAUAACCCCACAGAAAUAACGUGUGUUAUCGACUGGGAAUCCACGACUACCCGACCACUCUGGGCAUGCGCGCAUCUUCCAACGUUCCUGCAAUCCAGUCCGUUCACGACUCGUAUGUUCCGAGCAGCGGUCGAGGAUUUAGCUUGUGGCCGAGCCCCCCGGCCAACGCACCAGGGAAAGAACAAUGGUAAACCCGUGAAUAUUGUUGCGAUUGCAAAAGAGUGGCUGCAUUACGAAGCCAUCGGUGCACGCCUGCGCAUGGCUCACAGGUGUGUCGAAUGGGACGGAUGGGAGGAAGGCCUCGUUGAUAGUAUACUUGGGCCCGAGGACACUGAGGACGAAUGGUUCAAAGAUGCCGAGUGUACUGCAGAUGCGCUUUCUACCUCGAGUGUGCCUGUGUGCGCAGAGAGUCAAGCGAGCAGCUGUGGGGCAAAUUCCGGUGCUUUGCAUGCUGCGUCAUUCAAGCGGCGAAAGAAGGCUGGGCACAUACCCUUGAAGAAAGAGCGGGAAAAGGAGCAGAUGUUAAAUACCACUGGUGACAUUUGUGGUGGGCGGGGUGGGGAAUUGGGGCGUAGACUCGAGGCCUGGCUGAGCGUCAACGGGGACGGGACGAGGAAAAAUUGGGAUGAGGAGUAUGAUGCGGAGGCGGAGUGA